CCUGCAGGCACCGGCGAGGAAGACAUGGUCAGCCUGAUCCGCUCCUACGACGACCUGAGCCGCAAGCUCUGGCACCUGGAGGGGAUGCCCUUAACGGUGACGGCGGUACAAGGAGCUCACCCUGCCCUUCGCUACACAGAUACUUUUCCUCCAGUUCCCAUGAAACCAGAUUAUUCCUUCCAUGGCAAGAUCAAAGGCCUAGCAUCCUUUCUCCCCGUGGCGGAAAAGCCGUGUCCUGCUUACGUGGCCCCAAUAAAAGUGAUUUGCCAGAUGGAGGGAAGCGGUCAGUGGCCUCGGAACAAGGAGGCCAUUCAGCGCAUCAAAGCCGCUUUCCAGAUGCAGCUGGCGGAAGUCCUGAACCAGCAACACCACCUGCUGUGCCGGCCAGCCAUCACCUACACCGAUAUACAUAAGUGUCGCCUGCACCAUCAGAAUGGACCGGGCAGGUCUUAUGCCAGUCGCCUUUUUUAA